GGCCCACCGAGGCAGCGCUGUCCCUGACCGAGCGGCGGGAGCGAGGGUUCGGAGAUGGGCAGUGAAAAGGAGCAGGAUCCAGAGCAGCACCUGCCUGAGGAAGGGGAGCGGGGUAAGCCUUGGAGAGUGGAUGACUCAGAGGGUUUUCGGAUUCCAGCUGGGGAGACAGAGCGUGGGCAAGAGAGCCAGUCAGAGGGGCCACAAGGGAUCCAUCCAAAAAAGCCAUGGCAGAGAGUCACUGUACCCACUGGAGAGCCAGGGGACCCCAUUGCUCAGCCAAGGCCUGAGGCUGACGAGAAGCCCUUUGUAUGUGCCCAGUGUGGCAAAACCUUCAAUAAUACCUCCAACCUGAGAACGCACCAGCGGAUCCACACAGGCGAGAAACCUUACAAAUGUUCUGAAUGUGGCAAGAGCUUCUCGAGAAGCUCCAACCGCAUCCGGCACGAGCGGAUCCACCUGGAAGAGAAGCACUACAAAUGUCCCAAGUGUCAGGAGAGCUUUCGGCGGCGCUCAGAUCUCACCACGCACCAGCAAGAUCACCUGGGCAAGCGGCCAUACCGCUGUGACAUCUGUGGCAAGAGCUUCAGCCAGAGUGCCACGCUGGCCGUGCAUCACCGGACCCAUCUUGAGCCCGCGCCCUACAUCUGCUGUGAGUGUGGGAAGAGCUUCAGCAACAGCUCCAGCUUUGGGGUGCACCACCGCACCCACACAGGUGAGAGGCCUUACGAGUGCGCCGAGUGUGGGCGGACCUUCAGCGAUAUCUCCAACUUUGGAGCCCACCAGAGGACCCACAGAGGGGAGAAGCCCUACCGGUGCACUCUGUGUGGGAAACACUUCUCCCGGAGCUCCAACCUUAUCCGCCACCAGAAAACGCACAUGGGCGAGCAGGCUGGGAAAGAUGCCAGCUGAAGGAGAGUGAGGGAGAGAGAGUGAGAGACCCACUGGGAGUGUAGAAAGAUCUUUAGGAUCUGCUGCUGCCUCCUUGACCUCAACCCCUUCACCCCACUUUAGAGAAUGGUUUCCUGUUGCCUCUGAAGCCAGGAUCUUCAGGAUGCCCUGAGAAGAGACUCAGUAAAAGUUCUUUCCGCUUUCCAAGACAGUUUCUUGCCUUGGAAAGUCAGAAGGUCUGGUCUUGGCUUCAUCUCCUUGGGGUGAAAGAGAAAUAGGAUAUGAUUUGUACAUGCUCAUUUCAUUAGGGCCAGGAUUCCUGGCCUUUGAGGAAGUACCUAUGCACUGGGCAUCACUGUCUGAAGAUCCUCCAAACCGUGUGUGAACUGCUUAGGGCACAGUGCGGUGGCCUGCUUAAGUUCCCAUCUGCUGUGCCCCAGCUGGGCUGGGACGAGCAGUCUUCCCAAAGGAUGGGGCCUCCUUGCUCUGGAAAAGAGGUCCGAGGCCCUGCCUUAGAAAUGAAAGGGAAGCCCUCAGGGAGCUGUGAUCCAGGGACCUUCACACUGCCACCUGUGUGUGACUUGUUAUCCCCACCCCAACCCUGCAUCUGUUUGAGUGAUUAGCAGUAAAAUCCUUCAAUGCAAAGGACCUGUGUACUUAUUUGCGGCAUCAAAGAAGUGGGGUGCUGGGGAUGUGGUCUCUCUGCAGCUGCUCUGGAAGAAAGUUGAAUUUCAAGAAGGAAACAAUGGUGGCUGCUCCGAAAAGCAAUGGAAGGCAGGCUGAGUCCCUGGCCUUUGAGGAG